GAUUUGUCACCCGAUAAGCAAGGUUCAUUCGACUACAGAGCGCUAACACUAGCACCUGCCAACCAGAGAGUCUGUCACUAGUAUUAAAAUGAACAUUAUGGGUACCGAGGUGAAAACUACAGCAACAUUAGUGUCUCUUAGAAAGUUUCACAUCUCUGAUGAAUGUGGGUUUAUUCUUCCUGAGCCUCUGAUGGAUCUGCCCGUUUACUACAAGCCCUGGAUGGACAUUGGCCGAAAUGUGACUGAACUCAUCUCUUCCCAUUCACUACGCCUCAAAAUUCACAAUAUGCCACUGUUGACGACUGAUUUGUUGCGAACCCAUCGUGAGCUGCGAUUGGCUCAUCUGGCGUUGAGCGUAAUGACUAUGGGUUAUGUAUGGCAGGAGGGAGAAAAAGAAACCGUAAAAGUGCUUCCGCAGUCUCUGUCUGUACCCUUCUGUGAGGUUUCUCAGAGAUUGGGUCUGCCACCAAUCCUUACCCAUGCCGACACAGUCCUUGCCAACUGGAAGAAAACAGAUCCAAAUGGACCUUUCACCAUGGAGAAUCUGGAGUUGUUGCUGUCGUUGCCUGGAGGUCAAAGUUUAAGAGGAUUUUUUCUGGUCACGCUUUUGGUGGAGCUGGCGGCCGUUCCUGGACUGAAGUCUGUUAUUGAUGUCAUCAACGGUGUCCAUUAUAACGACAUUGAAAGAGUCACCAAAGCUCUGGAUAUGAUCAGUCAGUCCAUCGACAGCAUGAAACAGGCCCUGAAACGAAUGCAUGAAUAUGUUGAUCCCUCCAUAUUCUAUGGCAUUAUAAGGAUCCAUCUUUCUGGAUGGAAAGAUAACCCGUCGAUGGCUGACGGUCUGGUCUAUGAAGGAGUUGAUGAUCAACCUAUGGAGUUUUCUGGAGGCAGUGCAGCACAGAGCAGCAUCUUACACUGCUUUGAUGAGCUUCUGGGAGUCCAACAUGAAGGCAACAAUGGGGCCUUCCUGAAAAGAAUGAGGGACUACAUGCCGCCCUCCCAUAAACAAUUCAUCCAGGAGAUCUCCAUUUGUCCGUCUCUGCGUAAUUUUGUUCUCCAGCAAGCGGAUGAGCGUCUGACGCGUGCGUUUGAGAAGUGCGUGGCUGGACUGGUGGACUUUCGAAACUGCCACAUUAACAUCGUCACCCGUUUCAUCACGAUACCAGCGUCCCGUGCCAAACAGCUCCGUGCCAAUAAGCAAAAUCUGGCGGAGGAACUGGACACAAUCAGUCGAGCUCCGACAGCACUGGAGGAAAGAGGAACUGGAGGAUCAGGCAUCAUGACCUUCCUGAAGACUGUGCGAAAUGAAACUAAAGACAGCUCCAUCUCAGUGUUUACUAAUGGAAACCAAGAACCACCAGUGAAAGAGAUUGAGAAAUCUGCAUCUGAGCUCACCAUAGAAUAAAUCCCAUUCACGCUGAGAAUGCUAAUGAUAACCAGUGUUGAGGGUAAUGCAUUACAAGUACACUGAAAAGUACAUUGGAUUUACUCAAUUUUAGUCCAUUUUUUUAAGUUCAGUGGUUGCAAACAAUGUGUAUUGGUUGAAUUUAAAUAAACAAAUUUAAUUUAGUAAUGCAGUAUAUUGAAUAGUUUGUUUGUUUAAAUUUAAGUUAAAUUUAUUUAAGGAUAAAUAAAAUGUUUUCAACCACUUACCUUAAAAAAAUGUAGUAAAUCCAAUGAUUUAUUUACUUUUUUUUGUGUAGAAAUGCACUGAAAUAAAAAUUCUAGGCCAGAACUGAAAUUCUGGAUGAACUUGGCUGGAAAACGAAACUGAAAAUGCUUUGUAAUUAUUAUUUAUUAUUGUAUUAAGUAAUUUUGUACAAUAAAAUUUUAAAUGUAACUCAAUAACUUAAUUUAUACAUAUAUUUUAGAAUACAAGCCAAUAAAUUAAGCACAUUUUAUUUAUUAAAAUAAUUGU